AUGUCCCAAAGCCGGCAUCUGUGUGUCCCUAACAUCCGCUUCCGCAGGAAGACAAGCAGGCUGGAAGAGCGGCUGGACCGCCUCGUCAACUUACUUCGGGUAUCAGACGGCACCCCCGCCCUGGCGCCUCACGCCGAGACCGCCCUGACGGACUCCUGUGCAGAACCGACGCCUCUGGUCUCCGAUGGUACCUACUCAGCACUGCCUCCUGAUCAUCCAGGACCAGACCUUCAUGCGCAAAACGGCGUUUCGCUAAGCAGGGCAAUCGAGCUUGCCGACGUAGGUCCUGUCGGGAUCCCCGCGUCUUACAACGCCUUUGUGCCGCCAACAUGCAUCUGCAAGCCCGAGCCGGGGGAAGCGCCGCCGCCGCCCGAUACGGAUGAGAACCUGUUAAAGGUCUACCGUACGGUCAUGGCGCCGCAGUUUCCGUUCGUGCUGGUGCCCGAGGGCGUGUCUGCCGCCACCCUCGGCGCGACGAGGCCCUUCCUCAUGGCUGCCAUCCGCAUGGUCUCGUCGUUCCGGAGCAUGAAAUCGAUGCGUGGCCAGACGUACCGUCUGCUGAACUACAUUGCCGACUACAUGGUCCUACGUGCUGAGCGGUCUUUCGACCUUCUGCUCGGUCUGGUGGUCAUUGUGGCCUGGUUCCACCACCACUGUAUCGCCCACGCACAGCUCCACCAGCUUGUCUCGCUGGCCGCGUGUCUCGUGGGCGAGUUGGGUCUGAAGAACAAACCCUGUUUGCCCGAGCGAACCAGACUGUUGGUUCUGCGGCCCUGGGAGAUGAGAGAACGAACGAACGAGGAAAGGCGCGCGUUGCUAGCUGUGUGGUAUCUCAGCUCUUCUAUCGCCCUGGACAUCCACUCGAUCGACCCACUGAAGUACUCGAGAUACAUGCAGCAGUGCAUCAGGGAGCUCCAAGAAACCCAGGAAUACGACUCAGACAUGCACCUCAUCUGCAUCGUCAGAAUCCAACGCCUCUGCGAGAGGGUGGCAGAUUUGAGGUCCAGAGACUACGACGAAGAAGAAGCUGACAUGGUCGUUCGAGCUCCCGUCUCGGCUCACAUGAUGGGAUUCAGUGCCGAGCUCAACAAGCUCCAAGCUGAGAUGCCCCCAGGCUUGCGUAGCAAUGGCAAGUCCGACUUCCGAAUACUCAGACCCGAUGGACUGACCAUGCCCACAGUUCACCUCAAGAUCCGGAUAGCCACUGCGCGCCUUCGCAUUCAUGAACCACCCAACAUCGACGCUGAGCUGCUUGUCUCGCUGUCAAAGUCCUUGGGCUCCAUGGGGAGCGGCUCCGCAAGCGCUCUGGAUGCAUUCUACCAAUCCAACGCCGCUCUGAAGGCGUGGUUCGAAACCUGGCUUUCCACGCCUACUGAUUCGUUCUGCGGCAUGACGCUUCCGAUGGUGUCGCAUAUGGUCUACGGCGUCAUGAUGCUGAGCCGCUGGGCCUGGUUGGCAUCCAGGGAGAACGUCGCCUCGACCCUCUUGCAGGCGGAGCCCAUUGAUCCGUCCCGGGACAACCCCAACAUCGCCCUCGCGGCGAUCGAGGCGGCCAUCAACCCCAGCCCGCGCGCGAGCCCGGCAAGCCCGUCGGCCGCGCCCAAGGGGACCUCGCCGUGGCAGACGACGCUGCCGGACGAGGACCUCCCGCGCGCGCUGGCGGCGCUGAAGGCGCAGCUUGCGACGCAGCCGGGCCUGAUGCUCGACGUGGACGGCUAUCUCGACCGGGUCGUCGCGCAGCUGCAGGCCGUCGACGCCGCGUACCGGGCGAUGUCGGUCGACGACGGCGAGUGGCGGGGCAACAUCUGGAGCCUCGGGGCGACCAAGGUGAAGAUCGCGCAGCUCAGGCAGGCGAGGUGGUCCAAGAUGGUGGCGGCGCAGGCGGAGGUGGGAGAGCUGAAGGAUCACAGGCGAGGAGGGAGCCAUGAAGGGGUCGUCGGCCAAGGGGAGAUGCACGAGGACUUUCUCGCGUCGUUGCAGAUGCCGGACUGGGACGCGAACAUGGCCUGGGACCUGCUGGGGUACCAUGGCGACAUGCCGGGGGGUGAGCAGCUUUGGGAGGAUGUGAGCCCGGGCGAACAAACCUGGUCGUCGUCUGUUGCGAUGGGUGGGAUGGGUGCGUUUGGUCAGCUGGGUGGAGAUAUGAGUAGGUAG